AUGAAUUACAAUAAUUCUGUUUUAAUUGGAAACUGGAGCGAGGAGAGGCUUAAAAAAGAGUACGAGUUUAAGCUAUUUCUGCGUAAACGAGAUAGACGAGAACUUUUGUUACAACGUUCGAGGAAUUUAUUUAGUAAUUUGCUUAAGGAGAGACCGCUAGCUAUUAGUGGAACGUUUGUUCUUUUCGGGUUUAAUGUCCAAGUUGUGGCUUCUGAUAUGCCAGUUAGAAAUAAUUCAACGGGUGCUAAAACUGGAUUGGCUUUAUCAAGUUUGGUGAACGAAAGGCAAGUCGACUACAUGCAGAAUAUAAACGCCGGCUGUCUUAUGACAUUAUCGCCGAUCACCACUCCUUGCUGCAGAAACACUUUCGUGGUUCUCAGUGCAAAAGAUGAGAAUAUGCAUGGUCAGAAAAUGAAUUAUGGGGACGAAUUUAUUUUAAAAGCAGAAAAUUAUGGUGAUCCACAGGCACCACCUUUGUAUGUCCGAUACACGGUGGAGGGUGUGCCGGGACCUGCAGACAGAAUGCCUAUUAGCUUAAGUACCACAAAGGAUAGUAGUUGUCUUUGGACAACUGUACCACUUCUGCCUCGGGAUCGUCUUGAGGGACUCGGUAGCCCUAUAAAGACAGGGGCGAAACUCAUUAUAAGAAAUUGCGUAGCGGAUAAAAGUCUAUGUGUUAUGAACCAAAACUGGAUGCAAACAUUUUUCGGACCGGAAUGUGGAGUUACGUGCCGAAAUUACGUAGAUAUCCACGGAAGACACACAGCAGAGAACAUAUUUACCCUAGUUAGCGAUGUUGAAACCAAGACAAAGGACUAG